GUUCCGUCUUGUUUGCUGCUGUUAAUGUUAUGUUGGGCACGGUAUAGUAGUUAUGGCAUGGCCAUACUUUUAUCAUGUAUCUCGAUGGUUCCUGCCAUGUGACUCUGUGUCUAAUUGUGUGCUUUGCUUUGACUCUUGAAUCCGCUUUUAACUAUGCUGUUCGCGUUCACCCCGAUCUUUGAGCAAAGUUGCUCAUCACGAGACCAGCAUACGGCUACUGUUGUCAAAAACAAUUUAAGAAAUUUUAUACCAUUCACAGAAAAUGUCUAAAGACGACUCCAAAGAAGCAGUUGAUCAGGAGGCAGUAAACCAGGAGCCAGUCAACCAGGAGCCAGUCAACGAGGAGUCCGUCAACCAAGAGCCAGUCAACCAGGAAUCAGACGACCAAGAGACCCUCUACGAAGAGACCCCCUCCGAAGAGACCCUCUAUGAGGAGACCCUUGACCAAGAAUCCCUCUACGAAGAGACCCUUUACCACCAGACCCUGGACCCAGAAACCCUCUCCAUCCUCGCCCAAGACGCCGCCACCGAAAGAGCCGUCGAAGAAGCCAGCGCCCUCACCAUCAACAACCCCUCCGUCUUCCCCGUCUACAUCGAAUACCUCUGCCGCGGCACCGUCAACGCCGUCACCCUCUUCCACAGCGACGAUUCCAACCGCCGCACCACAGCCGGAAUCUUCAACGCCAUCGUCUUCGCUGCCGAGCAUGGCUUGUCCGAGUUCCAGGAUCGACUGAUGACGGCGCAGAUACUGACUGAUGAGCCGCUGUCGAUCCCGAUUUGGGCGGAGAGUUAUAGGAAGGUUGAGAGGGGGAAUGUGUUUAGGGAUUAUGUGGCGCAGGUUAUUGCUUAUGAGCUUGGUGUCUUCUGGGGACCUGCGAGGGAGGUUGGUAGGGAGGAGGUGGCUGAUAUGCUUGCUGGAUAUACGCAGCUCAAUGGGUAUACGCCACUCGGUGGAGACAUUAAACCCAAUGGACUUCCGCACGUCAACGGAGAUGCUCAGCCUAAUGGAUUCACGCAUGUCAACGGAGACACGCAGCCCAAUGGACACACACACACCAAUGGAGUCGCCCACCUCACCCGCCACACGGAACUGCUUGACGACGUCCUCGACUACAUGAAGCCAAUCCCCGGCUCCACGCCGACUCAUCCAAACAUAGCACCAGUGUGUUUCUACCACCUGCAUGCAUCCGGCGCUGACUGCCCCGAUAUGUCGUAUCCCAUGUCAUCGUGGAUUAUGUGAUCUUUCGACGCACCCGGUGUGCUGCCUAGCGCACAAGAUUUGACAUUUUCUUGCUAUUCUUUCCGAGCAGUGAGCGUUUCCAAUUGGGAAUUUGUAUAAUAGGGCGGAAUGAUUUGACAGAAGACGGGGGGACAAUGAGGAGGGGAAGGACAUCUGAAAUUCACGCAAGGGUUGGAUUCAAUUCACGCUUGAGAAUACAGCAUUUUCGGCAAGAAUACGGGGGAACUUCAUGUGGUAAUCGACAGACACUGAGUUAGUUCAAGAAGAGACCUCACACAGUAGCAGACAAUACUUGAGAACACAUCAGACAGGAGCGUCAUACUUCAGAGAGGGAAACUGCUGGCAUUGCAAAGGCUAUAACAUAAGCGUUGUAUUAGAAGUACACGAG